AUGGCCGCCGUCGAUCCAACAUACCCCCUCUACCCCAUCGCUUGCUUCCUAGCGGCGGCAAUGCUGCUUCUUGUACUUUUGACAAGCUUUAUCCGCCAAAGCUGGAAUCUUGGUGUCGCGUUUCUGUGUUUCUGGCUUUUGGGGGAGACCCUCGGUCAAGGUGCCAAUGCUAUCAUAUGGUCUGAUGACGCCGUCAUCAAGUUAUACAUUUAUUGUGAUAUCGUUUCGCAUCUCAAUAUGAUCGCUUCGGUUGUCAGACCUAUGGCGACCUUGAUCAUAUCACGCCGGCUGUAUCUAAUUACCCGUCUGCAGUCUGUCGAACUUUCCAAUCGGGCUGCGAGACGCAAAGAACUCGCAAUAGAGUGGACUCUUGGUUUAGUAGUUCCCCUCGUUGUUGCAGGACCGCUCUACUACGUGGUUCAGUGGCCUCGAUUUCAGGUCGAGGAAGGUUUUGGAUGUGAUAACUCUGUCGACAGCUCAACACUCGAGAUAUUACUUCUCGAUUUAUGGAAUGUGAUCCCUCCCCUGGUAUCUGUCACCGUUUACUACCCUCAUGUUGCUCGGAUCUUCUAUCGACAGAGUCGGGACAUCAAUGACUUCCUACAGAGUAAUGAUUCGGUGUCCCGCACGAACUACUUUCGCAUAGUAGCUCUCGCCAGCAUCGAUAUUCUACUCAUUCUGCCCAUAGGUAUCGUGAAUAUUGUUCUGGAUGUGGAAGAAGCUUUGCCUUACGGACCCAUGACAUUCUAUUUUGGCUGGACUCACGAUCACACGGAUUGGCAACCGGAGAGCGUUUCCUAUGCAGCUAUAGUGUCUCUAGGAACCCCUUCUGUAGCGUCAUUCUACUUCCAACAAUGGAUAUCACCCUUCCUCGCAUUUAUCAUCUUCGCCCUGUUCGGCGUCACUUCGGAAGCCCGCGCAUCGUACUGGCGUACUAUCUGCACCGUGUGUGGCUGGUUCGGCUGGAGACCGACACCUCGCGCGCGCAGGGCGCGUUCACCGCUUGGAGACAUCGAGUUCGGCGAGCGGCCAGCUCAGAACUCCAUGUCUCUCGGUCUCGAUUCGAAUCCGAGCUUCAUCAAUCGCAACGUACGGGCACAGGAGCGUACACCGGGCGAGGUAGAGAGUGGCUCGGACAAGGAGAUUGAAGAGGUCCGUCGGAGCACCGACGGCGCAGUUAGAGAUGCCGAGCAUCAGUCUGGGUAUCGGGAGCCGCACCGUGCCGAAGCGAUAGACGCCUCGAGCGCCGUGUGA